AUGGCAGGGGACUCUGAGACGGGUACUGGAAGUAAGAGCACGAAACCUCUUGAUGCUGGAGAUAUACAACUGCUCCGGUCUUACGGUCUCGGCCCUUACAGCAACAGAAUCAAGCAGUUGGAGAAAGAGAUAGAGGAGUGUACGAAAAAUAUUGACGAGCUUGUGGGCGUUCGCGAGCUUGACACGGGUCUAGCAGCCCCGAGUUCGUGGGAUCUCGUUGCCGAUAAACAGGCUAUGCAAGAAGAGCAGCCCCUACAAGUGGCGCGUUGCACCAAAAUCAUCGAUGAAGGAGCUGAGCGAGCAAAGUACGUCAUUAACAUCCGCCAGAUUGCAAAGUACGUUGUGGGUCUCGGGGAGCGCGUUGCGCCCACGGACAUUGAGGAGGGAAUGCGUGUUGGCGUCGACCGUAACAAGUUCCAAAUCCAGCUUCCUCUGCCGCCACGUAUUGAUCCCAGCGUUACAAUGAUGACCGUGGAAGAGAAACCUGACGUGACUUAUGCAGAUAUUGGCGGUGUCAAAGAGCAGAUUGAACGGAUUCGGGAAGUUGUCGAAUUACCUCUUCUGCAUCCGGAAAGGUUCAUUGAACUUGGCAUCGAUCCGCCGAAAGGAGUCUUGUUGUACGGCCCUCCUGGUACUGGAAAAACUCUCCUUGCUCGUGCAGUUGCGAACAGGACCGAUGCGACGUUCAUUCGAGUGAUAGGAUCUGAACUUGUGCAAAAGUAUGUCGGAGAAGGCGCCCGCAUGGUGCGUGAAUUGUUUCAGUUGGCGCGCUCAAAAAGGGCUGCAAUUGUAUUCUUUGACGAAGUGGACGCGAUUGGUGGAGCGCGAUACGAUGAUGGGCAAGGAGGUGAUAACGAAGUACAAAGAACAAUGCUUGAGAUUGUUAACCAGCUCGAUGGAUUCGAUGCACGGGGAAAUAUCAAGGUUCUUAUGGCUACAAACCGACCCGACACGCUGGACCCAGCACUUUUACGUCCUGGACGGCUCGAUCGAAAGAUUGAGUUCAGUUUGCCCGACCUAGAAGGCAGAACCUCGAUACUACGCAUUCACUCACGCAGCAUGAAUUGUGAACGAGGCAUCCGGUUUGAACUUUUGGCGCGUCUGUGCCCAAACACGACCGGCGCGGAUCUUCGCAGUGUCUGCACCGAGGCGGGAAUGUUCGCCAUUCGAGCUCGGAGGAAGACUGUCUGUGAGCAGGACUUUCUGGAUGCGAUCAAUAAGGUCAUCCGCGGUUACGCCAAGUUCAGCGCGACAGGGCGCUACAUGGUAUAUAACUGA